GCCCCAUGAAACAUUACAUUACAGUCUAAGAUAUCAGGCUCGGGCGGCACGCGACACAGAUAUCCAGCAGCUGUCCUUCAGACAGGACAUAAAAUUAGAUAGUGAAAGAAUUUCCCAAUCGAUAGCGGGACGGUAUUCGGUUAAGUUGUUGUGUAUUUUUAGUCAAAAUUUAUACUUCAACUUGAAUUUUGUUAUUUAAAAAAUUUGAUAUUUAAUAAACUUUUCAAAAACAAAAAAAAAGUGACGCAAGUUAGGGCAAUGGCAACGAUUGGCAUUAUGUCCUACGGUAUGCCACCAAAUUUAAAACUUAAAAAUACCUUUAAUAAAAUUACCAUUACAACAAACAACAACGCGGGGAUUUUGAGUGAUAGUUCUAGCAAUAAACUUGUGAUCAAUAGCAAUUCGAUUGUGAAGAAAAUCAAAGAUUUUGGAAUGAUCGGCAGUGUGAAUAACAGUGGUGCCGUAAUAAUGAGAAAAAAACAAAAGCUCAUCCCGCUAAAUGAGUCCAAUAGUGAGAACUCUCAACCUCAUCAGGGGGAAAGUGGAAAACAGCCUCCAGCGAAGAAGCUGAAAAUUGCUACUAAGUGUGUGGAACCGAAGACGGGAAAAUUGUCCACUGGAGGAAGUGAUUCUAGUGGGGGAACUCCUGGACGCAAAGGAUUGCCCGCUCCACAAGCUGUGGCGCGCCGAAACGCUCGUGAACGGAAUCGUGUGAAGCAAGUGAACAAUGGCUUUGCUGCCCUUCGUCAACACAUUCCAGAAGAGAUUGCUAAAGUAUUCGAACCAGUUGGCGGUGCAGUCGCUAAAGGAGCAGCUAAGAAGCUAAGCAAAGUCGAAACACUGCGAAUGGCUGUGGAGUACAUUCGUGGUUUGGAGAAGCUUCUGGGCUAUGAAAUUCCUCCUGUAUCACCAUUGUCUGCUGACGAUGGAUGCUACACCACGAUCAAGGAUGAAUUUGGACCACACUCACCUAUGAAUGACAACUUUGACACUUAUGAUGAUAGCAAUGGUGCAUCGGCUGAUCAGGAGCAAGAUCAGGAACUAGAUCAUGAUUUCUCACAAGCAACAGACAGUUUGCCCAACAUUACUACUCUCAAUGGCUUGCAGUACAUUCGGAUUCCAGGUACAAAUACCUAUCAGCUGCUUACCCCCGAUAUCUUCGGCAACGAAGAAAACUUCGUACCCCUAAUCGGCACUAAUUGUUAUCCCAUUAAUGAUGACCUAACGAGCGAGGAUAUCCAGGCGUCCAUGUUGGCUGCAAUCGCACCUGCGUCGACCCCAUCCGAAAUGAUGGCACCUACCUCAACGUCUCCGACGACGUCAUCGCCCCUAUCGCCAUCGUCGAAUGUGUUGUCACCUGCGGCCGGUGGCGUUUUACUACAGCAAACCAUGUCGCGUGCCACCAACGACUUGUGCAUGAUGCCUCCCCAAUAUCAGACGAUGCACGAUGCCCCCCACAAUCCUCAUCAUCAACAACAGCAACAUAAUAAUCAAUUGACGGCAACGGCACACGUCAAGAUAGAACCUUCAGAUAUGGUUUACCAACAACAUUUACUGGGAAAUUUGUCACCCCAUCAUUUGGAGAACCCUGGUCAGGGUAAUUACGUUACCAUUUCAUCAACGCCAGGUGAAAAUACCAACAGCGAUGAGCAGAGUUUGUAUGAUAAUGUUCUCUACUUGAAGAAGGAAUUCAGGGAUGUCGUCCUGGAUUCAUCAACAGCUGCACUCUCCGAUGAAAGUAUGAUGGAUGCCAUUGACUGGUGGGAGGCCAAUACCCCCAAAUCAGAUGCUGGACAUAUUUUGUAGGAAUUGAUAAUUAAAAUUCUAGUUAAAUAUUUAUUUUUGGAAAACAAACAAAAAAACAAUCUACUGUUGAGGAAUAAAAAAAUUAAAUUGAAUCGAAAAAGUUAAUUUUUCGUUAUUAUUAUGAAAUAUUUAAAACGCUUAAAUUAUUAAAUUUUAUUAUGUUGUAUUGAAAUUAAGAAAUAAAAUAUUAUGUAAAUGUAAAUAUAUAUAAAUAUAAAUAAUUAAGUACCUUUCUGUAUAAGCAAAACAAAC